AUGCGUCGAUAUCUCGGGUUUAUCAAGACUUUGAGCAAGCGGCAGAUCAAGAAGUUCAGGACGACAGUGUUAGUGUCCUUGAAGCUGACCCAUUGCCAGAACACAUGCAGCGAGGAUAAUCUCGUUGAUAAAAUCGCAAACUUUGCCAAAGACAAGGGUUCACAAUCGCAAACAGAUUUGAGCGAGAAUACAGUUUUUAAAACCUUUGUCGAACAGUUCGCUCCGGGUGAGCAAACAGGACCGGCAAUUGACCAUGACCUUGCCACAAUCGUCAACGAAUUGUUGACUGAGAAGUUAACAAAAGAGAAACUUGAACCAGUUCAAGAUAAGUAUUUAAAGCCAGAAAAUUGCGAGAAUUUAGUCGCACCAAAAAUUAAUAAACCCAUAUGGCAACAGCUUAAACAGGAGACUAAGAAUACCGAUUCUGCAUUCCAAAAAAUUCAACAAUUGUCAUUGUCUUCGCUGUAUGCCGUCUUGCAGGUUUGUAUAAUAACCUUUCCAGCAAGCAAAAUAUUGAGGAUAGUGUAAUGAUGCUUGCACGUUCAAUAGUGCUUUCACUAGCAGCAAAUCGAGACUUAAAUUUAAAACGGCGAGAUUUACUUCGCUCGGAUUUGAAUAAACAGUACGCUGCUUUAUGUAAUCCAUCUACUCCAGUGUCAAAAUAUCUUUUUGGGGAUGACCUAAAUAAGGAGAUGGAAGAUCUUUCAAAAGCUAGCAAGCUCACAAAGAAAUUUACGCCUAGUCAACGUAUGGAACCGUAUCGUCGACCAGUUGGGCGCGCCUCAAACUAUGUACCUUCUCGUUCGAAUAACUACAGGGGUCGUGGCUCGAGACUUGGUUCAGGUGCUUUUUUAGGGUUCGGCCGAGGUCAAUUCCUAAAUUAUCAGCGGAACAAUCAGAGACAGUCCCAGAAAUAGAAAAUCAGGUAAUCAUGAAUGUAUACAAAGUUCGGUUAUUAAAUUUAAUUUAAUUCAAACUCAAGCCACAUUUACAGGUGGCAGGUUGAGCAAAUUUUACGAUGUAUGGAAAAGACUAACAUCUGAUCAAUUUAUCUUGGAUGCAAUUUCUCAUUGUCAUAUUGAUUUUGAGACUGAGCAUUUGGCUAAUACCAGUGCAGUGAGACCACAGUGUCAUUUUACUCAUACCGAGCAAUUGAUUCUAGAUGUGGAAAUUGCUAAGCUUUUGAACAAGGAAUUUAUAAAACCUUCUCAAAAUGAGAGUAUGCAAUUUAUUUCUCCUAUCUUCACUACGCCUAAAAAGGAUGGCUCGCAUCGCGUUAUUUUUAAUUUGAAAUUGUUAAAUAAGUCUGUAACAUACUAUCAUUUUAAAAUGGACACUUUAAAAACAACAAUACGACUUAUGACUCCUUGUUGUUUUAUGACGUCAAUUGAUCUCAAAGAUGCAUAUUAUUCAGUUCCUAUCGCAGUUUUAUAUCUAAAAUUUAUCUAAAAUUUUUGUGGCGAGAUCAAUUAUACGUUUUUACUUGUCUUCCUAUGGGGCUUACCAGCAGUCCUAGGAUAUUUACCAAAAUUUGGAAGCCAGCCAAUUCAUUUCUCUCAUAAGGGUAAAGCAUUUAUAAUUCGGGAAGUAUAGCGUCCUUAAUUGGAUCGCUAAUUUCAAGUUGCCCAGGGGUCGGAUAUGGCCACCUUCAUUACCGCAAUAUAGAGCGGGAUAACAUAAAUGCUUUAAAGUCACAGAAGGGCAAUUUUGAAGCUAAAAUGUCCUUGUCGCAUGAAAGUCUAGAAGAUCUUGCAUGGUGGAUACAAAAUGUUAAGUUUCAACAUCGGAAUAUCCCAAAUGGUUCCCCAAACACGGUUCUUUUUACAGAUUACUUUUUACAGGGCGUAAAUUCAAGAUGGUAGGUGUACAAAUGGGAUAUGGACAGCAUCAGAAGCCGCAAUGCAUAUAAAUAUAUUGGAAUUAUUAGCAGUAAAAUUUUCUUUAAUGUCUCUUCUAGCUGAUCAGACUAAUACUCAUAUCCGAGUCAUGUCCGAUAAUACAACAGUUGUUUGUUACAUUAAUGACAUGGGGGGUUCUAAGUCAACUAAAUGUGAUCGUUUGUCCAAAGCCAUUUGGUAUUGGCCAAUAGAUCGAAACAUAUGGCUUUCAGCAACGCAUGUGCCAGGGGCACAAAAUGUAAGUGCUGACGAACUUUCCCGACAUUUGAACUUGCAAUUAGAAUGGCAAGUGUCAACUUCUGUAUUUCAUAAAAUUGCUGCAUGUUUUGGAUUCCCUAAAAUUGAUUGAUUUGCAAGUUGGAUAACUGCAUUGCUUCCUGAUUAUGUUUCUUGGAAACCUGAUCCUAUGGCGAACUAUAUAGAUGCCUUUAAAAUCAAUUGGAAACAGUUUUCAUUUUAUGCGUUUCCACCUUUUUGUCUUAUUUCUAGGUGUGUUCAGAAAAUUGUGCAGGAGCAAGCAACGGGGAUACUAGUUAUUCCGUUGUGGCGAAUUACUCAAGCCUAUUUCACAAGCGUAUUGAAUUUGUUAAUCGAGACACCAAGGAUAUUCAAGACGAAUCUGGUACAUCCAGUUUGGACCAGUCCACAUCCUCUGCAUCAGAGUUUGGUAUUGAUGGUAUGCAAAUUAUCAGGUAUUCCUUGCAUGAGCGCAACAUUUCGCCGGAGAUUGCCAAUAUUAUUAUGCUCUCGCGGCGAAAUUCUACACACAAACAGUACCGAGUUUACAUCAACAAAUGGGUACACUUUUGUAGCGAAAAAUCGUUUGAUCCGGUGCAUCCCACUGUGAAUACGCUUUUGGCAUUCUUACAUCAGCUUCAUGAGAAUAACCUCGGUUAUUCUGGCUUGAAUACUGCUCGUUCGGCGGUUUCUAAUAUUGAUGAAAAUUCAGUUCAUACAAAAAUGCAUACACCGGUUGGUAAACACCGAUUAGUAUGUCUUUACCUUAAAGGAAUAUUUAAUAAACUGAAGCCUAUACCGAAGUUUAAUAACAUUUGGUCGGUGGAUAUUGUACUGGAGCAUCUUAGUGUGUUGUGGCCUUUGGAUGAACUUACUCGUAAGGCUAGUACAUUGAAAUUGGUCAAUAUGUUAAUUGUGUUGACGACAGGUCAGCGGUGCCAAACGCUAACCUUCAUGGAUAUUUCUGAUAAAUAUAUGACCAAGAAUGAAUAGUGUUUCAGUUUUUCGUUGACAGAACAUAUUAAUUAAACAAAACAGACCGGGGAGUGUGUUUGGCAAUGUGACUUUGUAUAAAUAUCCAGAUAAAAAGUUGUGUGUAUAUGAAACAUUGCAAUUUUAUCUGCAAGCAACCGAGGUUUGUAGAAAUUCCAGUAGUCUGUUAGUCUCGUAUAUCAAGCCUUUUAA